GGUGGAAACUGCACUCCAGUGUUAAGAAGAGGAGAGACGGCGAGGAUUCAAGAAACAGACGAGGACACCUCGAUCAUCCCUAGCCAUGAAAGGAUGCGUCUCUUAGCCAAGUCCUGGAGGAGAAAGGGAGAGAGAAGGAGAGAGCGAGAGAAUCAAAACCAAACCCCAAUGGAGGACAUCCGCUAAAGCAAAAGAAGAGUGAUGAAAAAAAAAUGCGGACGGCGAUAGAACGAGAUUGGGAAGCACAUUGGCCGGUUUCAUACCCUCUGAUCUCCUGAGGAGCAGAGGGAGUGUUGGCGGGGAUUCGAGAGAGGGGGAGAGGGACAAGUCGAGAGGGAGCGAGGUCCGUUGUUAAUGGAGUUGGGAUGGAUGGACGGCCUGCAUUCAUCCCAGCUCUGCCCGGUUGCUGGUUCCAUCAUCAGCCCUAUCAAGACUUCAUUUCUUUGGACACUAUACGGAACGAGCGCACAAAAGAACUGAAGUGUGCAGUUAACCAGGCUCACACGCAAGGGCGGGUGCAAGACAUUUCUUAGAUUCUUCUUCUUGUUCUUCUUCUUAUUCGUCUUCUUAGAUUUUUAUCUACGUUGUCGAUUGAAUGUUGUGACCAAAGCUUUCUGCUUGAGUGUUCUACUUAUUCGGAAGGAGACAAGCUUUUUUUACCUUUUCCUCGGUUAAGCAUCCUUCACCGAGUUCCAUACCUGUUAUGCUUUAUUUGCAAUACUUAUAAAUACAAUAUACUCUAAAGCUGUGAUUAUUCCAAACUGUGUACAACAAGGCUACCAAUCGACGCUAUCAACGUGAAAUAAGACUACUGAACGCAAUCACACGAAUAGUCACCGCACCCCCCAUCUAUUGUGUGAUGGAACGGGGAUUUCGCCAAAUGACAUCUCAAUGUCUCUUGUGGUCGUAAUAAAUAUCCAAUAAAGCAGGGAGCGUAUCUCAUUUACUACACAGUAACACAGAAAGACUUUUAUCAUAUCAAAGUGCUUACCGGGGCCUGUGGAUGUCGGGGGAUAGUGACAAACAGAAGACAUGGUGAGCAAAGAGCCUAACCAAUUGAUCACAGGCCACGCAAACAGCAAGAGCACCUUGGCCUUGGACAAGCUGCCCGGCACUAUGACUGUGCGCUCUGUGCUGCUAAACCGAGACUCCCCGGACAUCGAGAGCCGGCUGAAGAGACGCCGCAAUCGCACCCACCAGGUCCGCUUCAAGGACCUGGAGGAUGGCAGCAGCAGCAGCAGUGGCAAUGGUGGCACGGCCGAGUCCAAGAGCCAGUCGAGGGGCUGUACGACGGAGUCCAAGAGCCAGUCGAGGGGCUGUACGGCGGAGACCAAGAGCCAGUCGAGGGGCUGUACGGCGGAGACCAAGAGCCAGCAGAGGGGGGUUACGGCGGACUUCAAAAGCCAACAAAGGGGGCUCACAGAUUAUGGCAGCCCUCAUCCCACCCGCAAGCAGAGCAGCAGUAGCAGGGUCCAUCGGGGGUGGGCGGACCGGGACGGGCCGGGUUGUGCGGCUCUGCCCGGGAGGACCUCGGUUGUGGGGGCAGUGCGAGGGGAUAUGGCAGAUACCAUAGAAGUAGUGGCUGCCUUCUUAGCGAGGGCCCCACCUCACCCAUUAACUCCAGGACCCACGCGUCGCUGCUGGAUCCCACCUCAGGCCAAUUCUUUAACUUUGCCAAUGACGCGAAAGUCCACCACGAGCACCAGCACAGCCAUACAGACUUCCCCAUGCCUAAAGAAGCCCCAGUCGCACUCCUCGAACCGCACACACAGCUACAGCCUGAGGGAUUCGGUGGGUGUGGAUGGGGAUGACGAGCAGGACUCCCAGGAUGAGUAUCUGGGCAACAACCGUGGAUCGGCCGCACGAUCCAGGAAGGACUUUGUUUCUCCUGAGACGCAGCAGCAGACAGUGGCCGUGCGGGAGGUCAAGACCCAGAGAGGGCUCCAGGCGCCCUGGGAGCACUACCCCGUCUCUGGUUCGGAGGAGGAAGCGGCUAAACAGGGCCAUAAGUGA